AACGCCCACUCCACACUCAACCUCCGACAACAACCCAAGCCUCGCAACCACCACAGACACAUCUCCCCAGCUAAACACCACAACAACCACCCAUCAUGCCUUUCACCGGAAGCGACAUCAUCAAGAUCAUCUUCGCCAUCCUGCUCCCACCGCUCGGUGUCUUCCUCGAGCGUGGCUGCGGCGCUGACCUCCUCAUCAACAUCCUCCUGACCAUUCUGGGUUACAUUCCAGGCAUCAUCCACGCUCUGUACAUCAUCCUCAAGUACUAGGCCACCCGCGAAGCGAGACAUGAGCGAUACGAGCAACGAUAAUACUCUGCGAUACCCAUUUCAGCUUUCCCACUUCCCUGCGCGACGCGAAAGACCCAUGGUGGCGGUACGAUGCGAGGCAUGGGCGGAAUUCGAUGCAUACCGUUUGAGGCGUGGAAUAUGUUUUUGAGCGACGCGUUUUGACUUGUAUGCCGAUAGCAGUAGGACAAUUGAACUUUGUACCAUUAGCCCGCCCGCCCGCCCGAUUUUCACCCCUG